AUGCUUCAAGAGUUGAUGUACGGACUCGUGGCACUAGCUUUGCUUGCCUAUGCGACGGAGUAUGCCUUCAGCCUCGAAGAUGACCCCCGAGAGCCGCCUCGCCUACCAUCGAAGGUGCCGUUGAUCGGCCAUGUCCUUGGGCUUCUAACAAGCGGUACAUCGUACCAUAGCAAGCUGAGAAAUGUCACCGAUGCGGAAAUAUACACCCUUGGAAUUUUCAAGUUGAAGCUCUACACUUCCAUUUCCACCCGGCUCCUACCCGCUAUUCAAAGGCAUUCCAAGACUUUGUCAUUCCGACCGAUGCUCCAGCAUGUCGCUCGGCGAUGGGGAGACGCGAGUGACGAGACUGACCACAUCUUUGGCGGCCCACAUCUAGUAGCCGAUUUCAGCCACGCUAUGAGAUUGAGUCUCGCACCUGGACCCCACCUUGACGAACAGAAUGAGAGAAUGGGAAAUAGGGCUUUGCUAGAAAUUGAUAUAUUGUUGAAUGGCUUGGACACCAAGAAGCAAGGCUGCCAAAUCAAGUUGUUAGAUUGGGCUCGGCACGCUGUCACUCAGGCAUCGAGCUGUGGUGUGUAUGGAACAGAACACCCAUUUCGUGACCUAGAAGUUGAAAAGGCCUUUUGGAACUGGCACGCCCACCUAUCCGCACACAUCUCGGGAUUGAAUUUUGAUCUACUUGGGAGUGGCUACGCGGCACGCCAAAAGGUCUUCGAGGCGCAUAUAAAGUACUGCAAAAAUAUCCCUCAAGAUGCGUCACUACUGUUUAAAGACCGGUGGCGCGUCUUGCGUGAAGCCGGCAUUUCGGAGAUGGACUGUGUCAAGCAACAGGCGACGCUGCCUAUUGGUAUGUUAAGCAAUACCGUACCUACCUUUUACUGGACCAUCUGGGAACUAUUUUCCCGAGAGGAUAUUCUCAGUCACGUCCGAGAAGAGCUGGAAGCACAGGCUGUGGUCGAACAAGAUGGCGAAUUUGCUCUUGACAUCGGAGCCCUCAAAACCAAGUGCCCACUUUUACUCUCGGUGUUCCAAGAAACACAGCGAGUUCGUCACAUCCACGCCGCUAUUCGCAAGGUAAUGGAGGAUACCCUAUUGGACGGCAAAUACCUGCUGAAGGCAGGAAAUUACCUUCAAAUGCCAGGAAAUUUAAUCCAUUACAACACCAACGUCUGGGGUCCAUCUGCAUUUGACUUUGACCCUUAUAGAUUUGUUCAGGGCAGAAGUUCGGCCAAAUGUGGUGCCAGUGCCUUUCUGGCAUGGGGCGCACCACCACAUCUGUGUCCUGCACGACAGUUUGCUGCGACUGAGAUUCUCAUUCUGGUUGCCCUUCUAGCCAUGCGAGCCAAUCUACGGCCUGGUAGUGGCGCUUGGGACAAUAAUCCCACCUUGGACUUCAAUGACCCUAUCACAGUGUUGAAUCCAAAGCGCGAUGUCCGGCUCCAAGUCAGCAUCAGAGAACAGUGGGCCGGCAAGUGGACAUUGCACAUGUCACCAAGUACAAAUCGCAUUCCACUUGCUUCAGGCUGA